CACCAGUAGCCAACCAACAACCCACACCGCCAGCAUGCCACACAAACACAAACGGCGCGGAGAGGUGGACGCUUCGCAACGCGACCUACCGCCAACCUCUCGCGCGAAGCCCUUGCCGACUCGCGACUCCGGGAACCUGUCCGAAAACUUCGCCUCGAAAACUAAGCAGAAAAAGGACCGGAAGAAGGCCAAGCGCAUCGCCGGCUAUGGCGCAGACGACACGCCCAAGGCCUUUUUGCGGCUGAUGCAGCUGGGCCAAACUGGCAAAGGAUUCAAUGGCCUGGACAACGGCGAUGCGCCGCGAGGCAAGAAGCGCAAGACCAAUGAGGCGCAGGCCGCCAAAACUCAGAAGAGCGAACCGGCCAAGCCGGCGGCCGAGAUGCCAAAGAUCCUGCCCGGCGAGCGCAUGUCCGACUUCGCUGCUCGUGUUGACCAGGCCAUUCCCGUCGCCGGUCUGGCGCGCAAGGGCAAGAACAUUGAAGGCGUGAAGGAGCGCCAGACGAAGACGGAGAAGCGCAUCCAGAAGAUGAUAUCGGACUGGCGCGUCGAGGAAGCCAAGAUCAAGGAGCGCGAGGAGGAGGAGCAGGAGCUGGCGGAGGAGGAAGCGGAGGAGCAAGGCGUGACCUGGGAGGACAAGAAUGCUCCGGAGCAAAAGAGCAAGAAGAAGGGCAAGCGCAAGCGGCAGAUCGGCGAGGUCGACGAUAAGGAUGAUGACCCGUGGGCGGUGCUCAAGGCGAAGAGGGACGAGCCCAAGGGUAUCAACGAUAUUGUUCAGGCGCCACCCACGUUCAAUGUCAUCCCGAAAGAGAAGUUCAAGGUCAAGAACGGAGCUAAGGUUCGGGUGGAUAACAUACCGAACUCGGCAGGUAGCUUGAGGAGGAGAGAGGAGCUUGGAGCGACGAGACAGAGCAUCAUCGAUAGCUACAGGGAGAUGAUGGCUGCUAAGAAGAACGCAGCUUGAGGAUUUAUCAUGCGUGUGCUUGAAGUGUUUUGCAUGGUCUGGCGUUAAGGUGGCAUAAGGUCAGGGAAAAUUCUACCGAUACCAUUGUAGGAACCGAACAAUUAUAGACAACGAGUG